AUGGGGAGGGAGUUUAGGGCUAAGGGGGCGCAUGUUGCUCUUGCGCCUGCAGCAGGGGCUCGAGGCCGAAGUGUAUAUGGAGGGCGCAACUGGGAAGGAUUCUCGCCCGAUCCAUACAUCAGCGGCGUGGCGAUGGAACUCAGCGUCAGGGGGAUCCAGGAUGCCGGUGUGCAGGCUGUCGCGAAGCAUCUGCUCGCCAACGAGCAAGAGAUCCUCUGCAAUCCAGAGUACUACCCGAAUGGAACUCUGCAGUUUGAAGCAAUUUCAUUGAAUGUCGAUGACCGGACGCUUCACGAAUUAUGCUUGUGGCCAUUUGCCAACGCCGUGCUCACUGGUGUAGCGUCGAUGAUGCGCUCAUACCAGAGACUCGAUGGGUCAUAUGCAUGCCAGAACUCAAAGCUCUUGAAUGGAACAUUGAAAGAGAAGCUUGGGUUCCAGGGCUACCUCAUGAGCGACUGGUUCGCGCUCCACGCUGGCAUUGACGCUCUAGAAGCAGGAAUGGACAUGGACAUGCCUGGUCCCCUAAGAAGUUCCACGCCAGUCCCCGAGCUUGGACAAAUGUCCUCACACUUUGGAGGCAAUAUCACCACAAUGGUCCAGAACAGUACCCUCGACGAAGCCCGGCUCAAUGCCAUGAUCACCCGGCUCAUAGCGCCCUACUUCCACCUGCACCAGGACGUGCAGAACGAAUUCCCCACAGUCGACGGAUGCCUCUUCAGUCUUCCUCAACUGUUUCUCGAACCAGAGUACUUGGCUCCGGGAUUGGGACUAUUCAAUCUCACAGGACCCACUUCCAUUCGGGACGCUCACAACAACCACGCUGCCCUCAUCCGCAAGCAGGCUGCGGAGUCCACGGUCCUGCUAAAGAACACCAACAACGCCCUCCCGCUCCGACCGCCUAGAUACAUUGACAUCUUCGGAAACGACGCGGGCGAGACGCAGAAUGGUCCAGUGAACCAUUUUGGCAACGCGGAGAGCUGGAUGUACGGGACCUGUGGUGUUGGUGGUGGUUAUGCGACAGGCCGUCUGUCCUAUGUUACGACGCCACAGGAGGCACUAAAGGCUCGAGCUAUCCAGGACGGCACACUGGUCGAGACCUGGUUGAAUAAUAAGCUAAUCGCGACCUCGGAUGUCACGAGUUUAUGGUUCUACCGCGGGUCUGAUGUGUGUCUUGGGUUCUUGAAGAGUUGGGCGCGUGAAACCAUCGAUCGAGAGAGCCUCCACCUCGUGUUUCGCAAGUAUAGGGUUGCAUAA